UUUGAGAAGACCGGGGGAUACUCGUUGGGGGUCACACUACAUAACUAUUGUGCGUUUGAUGUCUAUGUGGACUUCGGUUUUAAAAGCACUUGAAAAUGUGCAUGAUGAUGGAGCUACCGAGGAGCGGGGUAUGGCUUCAAGUUUAAUCAACAAGAUGGAGAAUUAUGAAUUUGUCUUCGUUAUGCAUUUAAUGAUGUAUUUGUUUGGAAUUACUAAUGAGUUGUCUCUUGCCUUGCAACAAAAAGAUCAAAAUAUUGUUUUGGCAAUCAACUUGAUUGGGACAAUGAAAGUUAGAUUGCAAGAAUUCCGAGAUAAUGGGUGGGAGAGUCUUUUAGAAGAAACAAAUACAUUUUGUGAAAAAGUCAACAUCCCGAUCUUAAACAUGGAAGAAGAAGUACUAAUUCGUGGGCGUAGUAGACGAAGCAGAAACACAACCACAAAUUUGAUUCACUUUCGCGGCGGAAUCUUUUGUGAGGUAUAUGACUAUGUCUUUUGAUUAUUUUUUAAUAUUAGUAUUGUAUUCCAUUAUUUUGAUUAUAUUAUUUUGUACUAUGUAUUAGGUUGUUGACAAGAUGAUUGUGGAGAUGAAUAAUCGUUUUUCAGAGGCAAGUACUGAGUUACUUACUUGUAUUGCAUGUCUUGAUCCAAGAAAUUCUUUCUAUCAAUUUGACAUUGAUAAACUGAUUCAUAUGGCUGAAAUGUAUGCGGAAGACUUUUCUUCUACCGAUCGUUUUAUGCUUAAGCAACAACUUGAGACAUACAUUCAUGCCGUAAAGAGUCAAAGUCAAUUUCAUGCAAUUGAAGAUUUGGGAAGUCUUGCCAAACAAAUGGUUGAAAGUGGCAUGAACCUUGUGUUUUCUUUGGUAUAUCGUCUUAUUGAGUUGACGUUAGUUUUACCGGUUGCAACAGUUUCAGUUGAAAGAGUCUUUUCUGGCAUGAAAAUCAUCAAGACUGAUUUACGGAGUAGAAUGGGAGAUGAAUGGAUGAAUGAUAGUUUGGUGAUCUACAUGGAGAAGGAAAUUUUUUCCAAGAUUGAAAAUGAAGCAAUUUUGCAACGUUUUCAAUGUAUGCAAACACGCCGUACGCAAUUGUCUAAAUUGGCUUCUUCUUCUUCUAACAUUUAAUUGUAAUGUAAUGUACCAUUCUCA